AUGACUUGCUCUAUAAAAUUGCCUCAACGACCCGCUUUUGCUCGUUCUACUGCAUCACAACUUCUCGUGUCCACAUAUCAGCUAGAAGGCUCUGAUUCACGAGUCGGCUCUCUGUACAUUCUCACGCAUAGCCUCGACAUUGUUCGAUGUAUUACGGCUCCAGCUGGAGUGUUUCGAUUUGACUUUGUGGAACCACACGUUAUUAUAGCAGCUGUUACUGAUGGCUCCCUCUUCACCGCCUCCAUUACAGAAGAUAUUCUGCUUGAUGUUUCAUCACCAUCGCCAUCAAAUCAUGUGUCCUGCACUGACAAAAUGGGCUUUGCUUACGUUGUCGAUCUAGGUACGGGUAUAGUGAUUGCGAGUUGGAAGGCUCAUUCGCUACCGUAUACCGACACUGGAUGUGAGGUAUGGACGUGCGCUCAAAAAGAUACCACCGUAUGCACAGGAGGUGAGGAUGCAACCCUCAAGGUUUGGGAUGCUCGUAGCCACAGCGUUGUCCAACGGUUCAGCGAAUUUGAAGCUGGCGUCACCUUCAGCGAUUGGCAGAAAUACUUAAUUCUUACUGGCAGUUACGACCAACAAUACGUUUGUUCGACAUGCGUAAUAGACGGGAAGCGAUCAAAAUUACGAAGAGCGGAUGGAGGAGUUUGGAAAUCGAAAACUGUGAGUGCGGGUACUACGAGCAGUCAUGCUCGCUCAUGCAAUGUACGGUGCUGGGCGCUAUACAUCGAUGAAGAAUCUUGA